CACUAUUGGUGGCAAGACCAACCCAUUGGGUGACUCUCUAUAAAGCCAAAGGAUUAAACCUUAUAAAUCCGCAGUGUGAAAGGGGUGAGUAACACCCAGGAUUACACAGGCACACAGAAAGGAGACAAUGAAGUUUCUCUUAAUAUGCACUGCGAUCAUUUUGGCAUCUAUGACAGAAGCAUUCUACAAUGAAGGUGAGCUGACAGAGCUUAAUGACAAUUUUCUUAAAGACAGCGUGAAACAAGCAAAGCACUUAGUCGAUAAUGCUUAUGCUGAAACUCGUAAAAGCCUGAAGCAGCGAGCAAAGAGAGAAUCUGCAAGUUUUGCUGAUACUAUAGCAUAUGUCAGACAAUCCGUAGGCCAAUGCAGAAACGCUAUCAGAGCUGCUGAUUACAAGGAAGUGACCCUCCGGGUUAUUGAAGAGAAACUAAAAUGCAUCUAUCCAAGUUCCGUCAAUAUUUCAGAUGUGUUGACUGCUGAGCAGAAGGAAAUCAUUAGUAAACUGACGGGAUGUGCAUACCAGUAUCUACCCAAGGUUUGCUCCGAUUCUCCCUACCGCACUAUCAAUGGAGAGUGUAAUAAUAGGAAGAACCCGAACCUUGGUUCUGCAAACACAGCUUACAUACAACUCCUUAAACCAGCCUAUGAAGAUGGUGCUAACUCUCCCAGAGGCUGGACAGAAAAUCGUACUAUUAAUGGAUUCUAUCUACCCGAGGCACGUAGAGUAUCAAAUGAUGUUGUCGGUUUCAAUAACAGCUUACCAUCAGAGGAUGAAGAGAGAUCACAAUUUUUCACACAAUGGGGACAGUUCGUAGAUCAUGACAUGACUCUCGCUCCUGAUACCCCAUCAAGAUCGGCAUUAUAUGAAGGGGUGGACUGUGCCACCAGCUGUACCCGAGCAUAUCCCUGUUUUCCUCUGAAGAUUCCAGAAAAUGACCCUAGGAUAAACCAGAGUGACUGUAUUCCUUUUUUCCGAUCAGCACCUGUUUGCAAUCUGGCCUCUCCUUUAAGGGAACAAAUGAAUUCCCUGACAUCGUUUAUGGAUGCAAGCCAAGUGUAUGGAAGUGACUUGGCUCUUGCUACUAAGCUUCGUAAUACUACCAACAAUCUGGGGCUAUUGGCUGUUAACCAGAAUUACACAGAUAAUGGCCGAUCGUUUCUUCCAUUUAGUGGAAAUAAUCCAGACGUAUGUACCAUCACAAACCCAUCAGCUGGAAUUCCUUGUAUGUUGGCAGGAGAUACUCGUGUGACUGAACAGAUUGGUAUUACAGCGGUACAAACACUUUUUCUUCGGGAACACAACCGCAUUGCCACUGAUCUUCAUAGAAUAAACCCUCAUUGGGGUGGGGAGAAGCUGUAUCAAGAGACCCGCGUUAUCAUAGGAAGCAUUCUUCAGAAAAUUACAUACACGGAUUGGCUUCCCAAAUUGCUGGGCAGUGAGAUGGCUCGUGUUCUACCUCCAUAUACCGGUUAUAAUGAUACAGAGGACCCAAGAGUGUCAAAUACAUUCGCUAAUGCUUUCCGCAUGGGGCACACUAUGGUGUAUAAAUCAGUGUCCCCUCUAGGAGUUGGAUAUCGGCCCCAUAAAACGGAUCCUGACAUCCCCGUUCGUCAGACUUUCUUUGCCAUGUGGAGGCUACAACGCAUUGGACUCGACCCCUUCGUUCGAGGUAUGAUAGCCAAUGCUGGCAAACUGAACCAACAAGAUAAGAUGAUGAAUGAUGAGUUGAGGGACCACCUGUUUGAAAAAGCGAGCCGUAUUGCUCUCGAUCUAGCAGCAAUCAAUAUGCAAAGAGGGCGAGAUCAUGGCCUCCCAGGAUACAGUGAAUGGAGGAAAUAUUUUAACCUUUCUGUCCCCAAAAAUCAGGAUGAGUUGGCCAUUGUUCUAAAUAAUACGCAGCUAGCCAAAAAACUAAUGGCUCUGUAUAAAACACCUAAAAACAUAGACCUCUGGAUUGGAGGAGUAUCUGAACUUAUGGUGCCCGGUGGAAGAACUGGACAGUUGAUGGCUCGUAUUAUUGGGGACCAGUUCCGCAGGACUCGGGAUGGAGAUCGGUUUUAUUAUGAGAGGAAUUCGGUUCUCAGCGAAGCUCAGAGACGUUCCAUAAAGAAUGUGUCUAUGUCCCAUAUUAUCUGUGCCAAUACAAACAUCACUGAGGUUCCUCCAAACGUCUUCUUGUUAAAUAAGCACCCUGAACAAUUUGUUCCAUGUUCCAAUUUCCCAGCAUUGGACCUAACUGCAUGGAAGGAGACCAAUAAAACUAAUGAAGACGGCUGUAAGGUUUGAUAAAAGGAACCAACUUCAAUAUAGCCAGAAAGCAAGACAUCCACUGUCCCUCUUUGUGGGCUCUGCAUAGGCUAUACAUUUUUUCAAUUUUGUUUUCCAAUUUAUUAUACAAAUCAAACAUUGUUCUUAAUAAUAGUGGCUACUAAUAGAUUGGUCCUCAUCAUUUUAUCACCUUUACCUAGUCUCACUUUAAUAAUACUGCUUUCACAUUAAGCAUAAGAUGUAUUGAUUACCUGAUGAUGUAAAAUGAUAACAUUUGGCUUUCUGAUAAUACAUUACAGUUGUAGACGUUACAGAUGAGUGAUACUGUGUGGCUGCCUAUGAAGGGUAGAAGUAUUUGAAAUAUUUAAAAGACCGUAAUAAAUAUGUUUUAAAAAUAGUUUAAAGGGGUUGUAAAGACAAAAAUAUUUUCCUCUUAAAUUAAAGUCUGA